AUGGCUGAAACCACGGAUUCAGUCACAAGAGAGAUCAUCAGCCCGAGAGUCCAAAUUGAUACUUCACCGCCGUUUGAGUCAGUUAAGGAGGCGGUGGACCGGUUUGGCGGCAAUGGACCUUGGAUUCCUCAUCACUGGCUUCGUUUAGCAGCUGAUCAUAAUGACAAUGACGCCUUUGACAUGGAGAAAAUGGAGGAACAGGCAGUGCAACUGGAAAGGGAUCUCAUUGUGAAAGAACAGGAAACACUUAAUGUCUUAAAAGAACUGGAAGCAGGGAAAAGAUUUGCUGAAUAUUUAAAAAUGAGCUUGAUGCAAGAAGUGAAUUCAUUCAUGAGCAGUCCUGAUAGUAAAUUGGACAGCAGUACUCCAGUGUCCAAUCAGAACACGACUGGAAGGUUGAGCCUGUAUCCUGUUCCAUCAUCCGGUUCGAUUUCCUUGGACCUGAAUCAGGCGAAAUUGGACCUUAAUAAGAUGUCAAUAGAUCUUGAUGUAAUCCGGGGAUCUGUUGAGUCUCUGAACACAAAAAUGAGAAAAGAAAAGGUUAUGUUUGAAAGGAGAACCAAGAGGCAAAUACCAACUUCUGAAGGAGUCUUGUCGUUUAAAGAGCAUCAAUAUACAUCUAGUGAAAAGCCAGAUAUAUAUCAGAAAGUAGAAAUGAAAGAUGGCUCCGGGAAUUCUCUGAAUCUCUUCAAGGAACUAAGACAAAUGAAUUCUGAGACUGAGCAAUUCAAGAAGAUAACAGAGGCGUCUAGAUAUGAGGUAUUGAAGGCAAUGGUAGAGAUUGAACGAACGAAGAAUAGUAUUAAAAUGGCAGAAAUGAGGUUAACUGCUGCCAAAAAGAUGGAAGAUGCUGCCAAGGCAGUGGAAGCAAUCGCUUUUGCCGAAAAAAGUGCGCUAUUCAAUGGUGAGAAUUUAUCAGAUGUUCACCAACCUAAUGAAAUAACUCUGUCGUUUGAAGAGUAUCGUGCUCUUCUUAAAAAAGCGCAGCAAGCUGAAGAGGUGUGUAAGACCAAAUUUAUUGAGGCGAAUGCCACAACUACAAUCAAAGACACAUACCAACCCGAAGUGGCUAUUGUUGAGAAGUUUGAGCAGCAAAUCGAAAACAAUCAAUUCAGAGAAGUUGAUUUUGACGAUGGAACUCAUAGAACAGACGUUUCGUCUGAGGAAUGCUAUCCUAGAAUGCUGAUGGAGCAUGGUCGAGUGCUUAACCCAGAGAUUCACUCUGCUAAAUUCAAGUUUAGGAAUUCCCAUCCCUCUCUUGGUCAUAGGAAUCCACAGGUUACUAAUGGAAAUGAAUCAUACAAGAAGAAAGAAAAGUCAAAAUCUGGUUUCAAAACAACUUCAAUCGGAAGUAUACUAAGUAGAAAAUUGAUUCUACAAGACGAUUUCAUGGUGGGAAAGCACGUGGAGAACCACACUGAAAGGCAACACAUUUCUUUGAGCCAAAUGCUCCGAGAACAGAGUCGACAUAUUUUAAAUCCUAGGAAACCGAUGUCUGAUGGGAAUGUUGAAAAGCAAUACUUCAUUCAAAGGAAGAAAUUUGGGUUUAUUCAAGUACCACUAUCCAAGCCAAGCAAGAAAAAAACACAGCCUUUGAACAUGAGGUGA